AUGAACGCCCGAAACUUCUUGCUAUGUCUUUUCUUUGCCCUCUUCGCCUUAUUGACAUCUGCCUACCCGUAUGAGGCCCAAUCGAACAAUCUCCUUGGACAGAGAGAAUCAAAGAGAUUUCGUGGAGAGCCAAUCAGAUUCGGAAAGCGAUCCCCACGAGAACCGAUCCGUUUCGGGAAACGAGCCGCCGGCAUAGACGAAAUCGAGGACUAUUUAAGCCAACUC